AUGGAUGGUAACAAAGAUGACGCGUUGAAAUGCCUGAAAAUCGGCAAAGAUGCGAUGGAGGCAGGGGAUCGAUCUCGUGCUUUGAAGUUUCUGGAGAAAGCUCGUCGUCUCGAUCCGACUCUUCCAAUCGAUGAUCUCGUUUCGGAUCUGAAUAAGCAGUCAGAGGAACCAGCGGCGGAGGAUUCGCCUGGAUCUGCCGCCAACGACUCUCCUAAGCCGUCGGAUAAGCCUUCUCUUCGCCAACGUGGAUCUUCGUCUGCCGCCGCGGGGUCGUCAUCGUCAUCGUCGUCGUCCGUGUCUUUCACAGUUGAACAACGAGCGAUCGUGAGGGAGAUAAAAUCGAAAAAGAAUUACUAUGAGAUUCUCGGACUGGAAAAUAACUGUUCAGUCGAAGAUUUGAGGAAGGCAUAUCGAAAACUCUCGUUGAAGGUUCAUCCAGAUAAGAACAAGGCUCCCGGUUCAGAAGAAGCUUUCAAAUCCGUCUCCAAGGCGUUUCAGUGCCUAAGCAACGAAGAAGCUAGGAGAAAGUACGACGUCAGUGGCUCCGAUGAGCCUGCUUAUCAACCACGCCGAUCCGCGAGAAGAAACAACGGAUUCAACGGCUUCUACGACGAUGAGUUUGACGCUGACGAGAUUUUCAGAAGCUUCUUCGGCGGAGGAAUGGCUCCUGGUAGCACUACCCAAUUCCGAUCAUUCAACUUCGGCGCAGGAAACAGAACAGCGAGUCAAGCCUCUGAUGCAGGAUUCAAUCCUCGUGUGCUCUUCCAAAUCCUUCCUGUUUUGUUCAUACUGCUCCUCAACUUCAUGCCAUCUCCUCAACCAAUCUACUCGCUCUCUGCAUCGUAUCAGUACGAGCACAAAUUCACGACGCACAAAGGCGUCAAUUACUUUGUGAGAUCAGCAAAGUUCGAGCAGGAGUACCCAAUACAUAGCCCCGAGAGGCAGAGGGUUGAAGAUCAAGUUAACAGAGAUUACUUGUCUAUACUGGGUCAGAAUUGCCGGUAUGAGCUUCAGAGACAACAAUGGGGAUUCGUCCGCGAGACGCCACACUGCGACAUGAUGAGGAGGUUUGAUAGAGCUGCUGCAUAA